AUGGCUGACAAAUUGGAAGAAUUGUACCAAAAGUAUAGUCGAUUAUCCAGUGCGGAAGAUAUUUCACAGCAAUCUGAAGAAUAUGAGGAAUGUAUUAAGCAUAAAACCGGUAGUGGAAGCGAGAAGAAAUUGGUGGCUCAAAUUAUUGGUCAGUAUUUCAAACAUUUUCCAAAACUUGAAGAGACAGCUUUUGAAGCUAUUAUAGAUAUCUGCGAAGAUAAUGAUCCAUCGAUAAGAAUAAGUGCUAUUAUGGUAUUGCCUAUAAUAUGCAAACAAUCUAAAAAACUUGUCCACAAAGUAGCUGAUAUUCUUAUACAAUUAAUGAUGAUAUUAGAAGAUCAAGAAUUUAAUGUUACUUGUAAUUCUUUGAGUCAAGUAUUCAGGGCAUACCCAGAAAAGACAUUAAGUGUUUUAUUUGUUUACAUAUUGAAACUUAAAGACAAACCCAGUGCCAGAGAGGAUGUGGUUAAAUACAUAUACAAGAAGUUGGUAACAUUGGAUCCAAAGAUUACAGCUAUAUGUAUGGAGUUACUUAUAGAAGAAGGGAAGAAAAUAUUAGAGGAUUCCACUGUUACAGAGUUUUUAACUAUAAUCUCAUUUUUAACAAACACUAAACUUACACAAACAACGGCUGGACAACAGGAAUUGGUUAGUGCAAUUGCACAGAGAGCAAAGCUGGACCAAGAGUUUGAUGUAGAAGAUCAAGGGACCUGUCAUCGACUGAUAAUAUGUACUGAACACGCUUUACCACUUUUCAGUGCAUCUGUUGAGUCAACAGAGUUCGUAAAAUUCUACUGUCAAGAAGUAUUAGCAAAAUGGGAUGCGCUAGCUGACGUAAAAGAUGGCGAAGUAUCAGUACAACCUCAGCUUUUACGACAACUUGCCGCACUGUCUGCUUAUUGUGGUAAAUUGGAUACAGCAUCUCCUUAUGUUGUACACAUUUUUGAUAAAUUGAAGAGAUACAUGCCCCUACCACCAGAAGAUGGAAAUAUAGACGAUAUGCCAAAUUUAGACUUCACUUCUGUAGAAUGUUUACUAUACGCCUUCCACAGGCUAGCAAGACAGUCCCCUGAUUUCCUGACAGCAGAUCCAGCCGUGCUUAGAGAUUUUAAAUCUAGACUAAAUUACUUUUCCAGAGGAGUGGCUGGUUGUUUACGAUCUCUCGAAAAAGUGCAGGAUAACGAAAAGAAGGACGAUAAAAAAAUUAAAUUGGCGCCAGUAAUGUUGGCUAACAUCAAUACUUUGAUUAAAGAUUUGCUUCAUCAGACUCCUAUAUAUAAAUGCAACAUUCAGUUGUCAUUUAGAAGUGCCAAUAGUAGUUCUAAGAAGGAGGCAGAUGAACCAUCAACCGUUCAAAAGAGACACACUCCUAUACAAUUUGAUUCUAGUAACGGUUCCAAUAAUAAACAGAUGCGAUUUAAUAAAAGUUCUGAAAGCAUGAAGUUGUACAAGCCACCUAGUGGGAAAUUCAGCAAUAAUUUCAAAAGUUACAAUCAUCCACGUGGCAGUGGUAGAGGAAGAGGCGGAAGAGGAAAGAGAGGUGGUUCGAGAGACUGGAAUUACUAA